UUCAGGAGGCCAGGGAAUGCUGGAGGGGGCGGAGGGGGGGGGGCGGGGAGGGUUUCUGAUGCUUCGGGCUCUGAGCCUGUCAGUUUAAAAAAUGAAAGUAAUAGAAAAGGGGCAAAGUGGCAUUUAUCAUUCUAUCUCUCCAGGCUCCUGUCUCUUUAAUCAGCUAGCCUGAUUUGCCCAGUAAAUGAUUCCUGAGUGUGUGUAUGUGUGUGUGUGUGUGUGUGUGUGUGUGUGUGUGUGCCCGCGCGGCAUGUGUUGUAGCUCUGUCAAUCCUUGGAUUAGAACCAAUGAUUGCUGCUUGUAGGAGGGCUGUCCAGGGCCAGAUUGUACAAUGUGCCUCAGUGCCAGAGUAUGAGUGGAGAUAAUUACGGAGAAGUCAGACUCUCUCACACCCUCGGCUUCCUUGUGGUGUCCUUCAGCAAACACACUGGAUUAAAAUCUCUUUGGAUGAGCUUGAGGACAACGCAGUCUAUCUAGGAAGAAAAAAAAAAAAGGAAAGAAAAAAAAGCCCGAACCUGACAAAAAAGAAGAAAAAGAAGAAGAAGAAGAAGAAAAAAAGAAUCAUGAAAACCAUCCAGGCAAGAAUGCACAAUUCUCUCUCUUGGGGAAUCUUCGCGGGGCUGGCUGCUCUGUUUCUCUUCCAAGGAGUGCCCGUGCGCAGCGGAGAUGCCACCUUCCCCAAAGCGAUGGACAACGUGACGGUCCGGCAGGGGGAGAGCGCCACCCUCAGGUGCACCAUUGACAACCGGGUCACCCGGGUGGCCUGGCUAAACCGCAGCACAAUCCUGUAUGCUGGGAAUGACAAGUGGUGCCUGGAUCCUCGCGUGGUCCUCCUGAGCAACACCCAAACCCAGUACAGCAUCGAGAUUCAGAAUGUGGAUGUGUACGACGAGGGCCCGUACACCUGCUCAGUGCAGACAGACAACCACCCAAAGACCUCUCGGGUCCACCUCAUUGUACAAGUAUCUCCCAAAAUUGUAGAGAUCUCUUCAGAUAUCUCCAUUAACGAAGGGAACAAUAUCAGCCUCACCUGCAUAGCCACAGGUAGACCAGAGCCGACAGUUACCUGGAGACACAUUUCUCCCAAAGCUGUUGGCUUUGUGAGUGAAGAUGAAUACUUGGAAAUUCAGGGCAUCACCCGGGAGCAGUCAGGGGACUAUGAGUGCAGUGCCUCCAACGAUGUGGCUGCCCCAGUGGUUCGGAGAGUAAAGGUCACCGUGAACUAUCCACCCUACAUUUCAGAAGCUAAGGGCACGGGUGUCCCUGUGGGACAGAAGGGGACACUGCAGUGUGAGGCCUCGGCUGUUCCCUCAGCAGAAUUUCAGUGGUUCAAGGAUGACAAAAGACUGAUUGAAGGAAAGAAAGGCGUCAAAGUGGAAAACAGACCUUUCCUCUCAAAACUCAUCUUUUUCAAUGUCUCUGAACAUGACUACGGGAACUACACUUGUGUGGCUUCCAACAAGUUGGGCCACACCAAUGCCAGCAUCACGCUAUUUGAACUAAAUGAGCCUACAAGCUCAACUUUGUUGCAAGAAGUGAAAACUACAGCCAUGACCCCUUGGAAAGGCCCUGGUGCAGUCAGCGAGGUUAGCAAUGGGACAUCACGGAGGGCAAGCUGUGUUUGGCUCCUCCCCCUUCUGGUCUUACACCUUCUCCUCAAAUUUUGAUGUGAGCGCCCCUUCCCCUUUGGGUAGAGCUGCCACCACCGCAUCUCCAACACCGCAGCACGGCCACGCGACAGCAACAAGUCAGGAUCAAAUGAAAUUUUGGAGAAUCGCCGCUCAUAAGAGAGAAAUUUGAGGGAGGGGAACAAAGAAUACUUUGGGGGAAGGAAAAAAAACCACAAAAGUUUAAAAAGGAAAAAAAAAAGGAAAAUUGAAAAUCGCCUUGCAGAUAUUUAGGUACCGCUGAGUUUUCUUUCUUUUCCCAAAUGGGAAGAAUGCAUACCCGGCUUGGACCCACCCACAAGCUGCAUUAAGUGACUUCUCUGUCACCAGGGUGGGCAAGGGCUCAGCCAUUCUGCCCACUAAGUGCCCCCCACCCCGUGGACCACUCUGAAGUCACCAUCCCAAAUUCCAUCCUUCCUAAGGAUACAGACAAAUGCAGAGUGAGACACGUGGUCCCAGAUGCACUGCGGAGGGUCCUUUGGUAGACUGUCACCAGGGCAAAUGUCAUGAAAUAUACAAAUAAAAAUAAAAAAAAGAAAGA